AUGCAGUCACGACUGCCAGUCAGCGAUCUUGGGCGGAUCUGGGAACUCGCAGAUGUUACGCGCAAGGGUAGCCUGUCGAUGGCUGAGUUUAUUCUGGCGAUGUUUCUGGCGCAGUCGCGGAUCAAGGGCAAGGGACUGCCUGAUAUGCUGCCUGCGACUAUUGUCGCUGAGGUGAAUUCCGCCAAUGCAAGAAUGGGAGCUCAGCAGCAGCAGGCGCAGGCGCAGGCGCAGGCGCAAGUGCAGGUGCAGGUGCAGAUGCCGACUCCGGCCCCGGCUCCAGCUCCAAUGCAGCAGCAAAUGCAAAUGCCCAUGCAGAUGCAGCAGCAGAUGCAGAGGGUUCAUACUCCGAUGAUGCCAAUGGGCAGUGGUGCCAGCUCGUCGUUUGUGCAGAUCCACCACCAGCAGUCUGUCGGCAUGCCGAUGCCGUCACCGAUGCACUUCAGCAGCGCUCAGCUCGCACCCAACCCAAUCGCCCAGCUCGCGCCCAACCCAAUCGCCCAGCUCGCGCCCAACCCAAUCGCUCAGCUCGCAUCUGACCCCUCCGCUCCCGAGUCCGUGCUGGACUUUGAGGCCAACUUCCCGUCGCUGUCCCCGCAGGACAGCCAGGGCGCGCUCAACAGCGUGCGGCAGUCGUUCCACCAGAACAUCCUGGGCGCGCGCGCCAACGAGGGCCAGCACCAAUGGGCGAUCUCGGCGCAGGAAAAGGCGCAGUACGAGACGGUAUUCCGGCGCUGGGACUCUGGAAGACGCGGCGUUCUGAAGGGCGACCAAGCACGCGAAGUAUUUGCGCAAGCGGGGCUGGCGCAGGCCGAGCUGGCGCAGGUAUGGGCGCUGGCAGACAUCAACAACCAGGGCGAGCUGAACCUCGACGAGUUUAGUGUCGCCAUGCAUCUUAUUUUCCGCCGACUCGCCGGCGCACCGCUGCCGCGCGAGCUGCCACGCGAGCUGGUUCCCCGCAGCAGCAAAGACUUUAUGGCCUCGCUGCUCGACAUCAAGGAGCAGCUGCUGUUUAAGGACGUUACGCCUGUGGCUGCCAGUCCGCUGCGCGCCACACACCGCAAUGGCAGUGCGUAUGCUGGCAGCAGCAACGGCGACUACGCCAGCGACACCAACGAUGACUUUGUGUACAAGAGCGCCAACCGCCGCAAGGCCAACUAUGCGCCCAGCCCGGCGACGCCCACCGCCGAGCCCAGCAAGACCACGCUUGAGGCCAUCGAGCAGCUGCGCAACGCCGUGCGCGGCCGCAAGGCCGACAUCCAGAGACUGCGCACGCAGGCCGAGCGCCAGAACAAAGAGCGCGCCGAGAGCCGCGUUACGGCCCGUUGGCGCAUCGACGACAUGAAGCGCGAGAUCGAGGAUAUCCACCGUACAACGCCACUCAGCAUCUCCUCCCCCGCUGGUUCGCAGCAGGACGAGCGCGGCCGGCUGCUGGCUAAGCGUGCGCAGAUUGCCGAAAGCGUCAACGACCUGGUGCAGCGUAUGCCUGGGCUGGUCGCCGAGUACAAGCGUGUGGCUAAGGAGCUGGCCGAUACCAAAAAGGACGUCGUCAAGCGCCGCGCCAAUGCCAAGCAGUCUGGUGGCGGUGGGUCGGAUAUGGAGUCACGCGCUGCCCGCUUGGUCGCCCAGCGCAUGGCGGCGCUCACGGGCGAGACCAUGGAGUCUGUGGACGAGGGCCAGAGCCAGGCCGAGGCCGACAAGCUUGACCGUGUAUAUGAGGAGCGCCUGGACCGCGUGCAGACCAUUACCGGAGGCCUGGCCCAUGUGCAGCGGUCCCUGCGCGACCUUAAGCUUGACCAGCAAGCUGGUGGUGGUGGCUCGCGUAAGUGGGAGAAUGCGAAUAAUGAGGAGAUCCAGGAUCUUGUUUCGCGCCUGCGCCGCAUUGAACAAGUCCCCGUGCAGCCCCCUGCUGCCGCUGCUACGCGCACAUCGGCCUUUUCGCCGGUUAUUUCUAAAGACACCUCCGCUUCUGCUGCUGCUUCCAAGCCUGAGUCGCAGCCGACCAAGUCCCACGGCCCGCCGAGUAUUGCCGACCGGCUGGCCCAGGCGAAAACUAAGCAGGAGAGAGACCAGAUUCUGCAGGAUAUGGCUGAAGAGCGGUUUCGCGAACGUCAGCGCGCCCUCGGACUGCCUGAAACUGAGCCGGAGCCGGAGCCACCUGUGGUGCCGCAGGUGAAGGAACCCACAGUGGCCAGUAAUCCAUUUGGUGUUCAGCACCAGCAGAAACAGCAACCACAGCAGCAGCAGCAGCAGCAGCAGCAACCGCAGCCUGCUGCGGAGCCCAAGCCGGCAGCAGGACGUCCGAAUGCCAGCGGCGAUAGCGAUAGCGAAGAGGAGUGGGACCGUGACGAAAGUUCUGACGACGAGUCUGUGCGCGACCUGAAUGCAGAACCCCCGUUUGCGUCUGGUGCCGGCACAAGGGGAGCGCGCGCGGCAUCGGUGCAGAGCAGCAUCAGUUUCAACACGGCGUUUGCCAACCCAUCAGCGGCAAACGCAGGCAACAACGCAGGCGACAAUGCAGGCGGCAGCAACCCGUUCGCCAGUCUGCUGCUUUCCCCACAGACUGUGCCGUCAGAGCAUGAGAACCUGCGGCUGCGCGCCCUCUACCCUUAUGCGCCGGACACCCCGGGUGCGGAUGAGCUGACUAUAGAUGCCGGCGAUCUUUUGGAGACGCGCCCAGUGCCUGCAUCGCUCAAGUCUGCGCCAACGCAUGCAGAAGGAUGGAUAUAUGGUGAGAUUCUGAGAGAAUCAAUGGGUGACUCCGGCGAUGGCUGGGAUCCUAGCGGCAAAAUCGGAUGGUUCCCAAAGGAUUACGCGGAGUCGCUCGGUGGACCUGGGUCCAGGGGGUGGGUGAGGACUAAGGCGAGAUUUGGCACGGCCAAGUACGCUUAUGCGCCGCAGCACGAGGAUGAACUCGAGAUUAAGGAGGGAGAUCGUGUUAGGGUGUUGGACGGUGAUUCGGCGGAGAGUUGGUGGAGGGUUAGGAUUAUUGGGCAGCGCACUGCUGAGGGUAUGUUGCCCGCUAUGUAUAUUGACCUGGACAAGUAA